CGAUGCCAUGAACAUGGCGCGUGUGCGACCAGUCGACAACGAAUUGAUAACAACAGUCACUCGCCCGCGUAUCCUGGCAUCGUACUGGGCCAUAAUCCUCCUCGCCGUACCUUUAUGGUGGUGGGCAACUAGCAUAGAGAGGUUAUCCCUUCCGGAGGAUGAGAUAUGGGAUAUAUCAGAACAGAAGCUUCGGUUUCCUAUUCACCUCGCGCUAGAUCCAGCAGCAAGCGGUAUCAAGGCGGAGGACCAGGCUGUCCAGAGGCUCCGUGCGCGGUUGCAGCAGAGGCAGGAACCUCUUGAGCUUCAAGUUGAUGCCAACGCGCUGAAUAGUCCAAACACGUAUCACAUCUCAGUAGACCCUCAUAUACCGGCCCCCAUACUACAAGGCAGAGACGUGUCGCUGCCAGAUACGACCGCAUUGGAAAGACUGUCGGAACUGUUUGCUCUAUACCCCGAAGAAGUUGCUUCGCAUGGACACCGUGUUGCUCAGUACGCGCCUCGAUACAGGCUUGCCUUCUCCUUGCUCAACGAAGAUGCUGCCGAGGGGAAGGCCGCACUAACUUGGGAUGUUCGCACCUCAAUCACACAACACCUCGAACCAAUCCUUGAGCGACUCAGACCUUUGCACAACUUUACUAUCGAGAGUCAGAUCCGCUUUCACGCGCCGUUAGCGAUUACGCCGCAGCCGCUAGUUGAAGGUUACGGCAUCAAUCCUGAAGAUUUAGCUGUCUUUGUCAAUUCUGCCGAAUGGACCCUAUCUUCUAGCGUCUCUAAUGAUCCCGUGCUUCACUUUAUCCUCUUCAUACCUUCGGCGACCCGAAGACCAUUACAUAUACUCGACAGCAAUGGAUCUCCGUCGAAGUCUUCGGCAUUCAUCCUGCCACAAUGGGGUGGCAUCGUAAUCUUUAAUCCUCCAACAACCGAAGGGCACUUCGAUUUGCCUCCACCCACUCUAGACGCACCGUUCUCCACCUUCCGGUAUCAACUGUUGUCGCUGCUUGGCGUCCCUCCUCUACCUCCCUGGCUUGAAACAACAGACGCAGCGACUACUAUAACGGACUGGCAACUGGAUACUCUCCUUCGGCGCAGGGCCCUCGAGAACGUAAAGAACAGCGAGGAAACGCUGCAAAGCAUUGCCAAACUUGUGCAUCAGAUCGACAACAUGCCUAUUGGACCGGACGUGCGCGGCGACGUACAAGGCGCGCUCAAUGCGCUGGAGAAGGUGUACGCCUUACGAGACUCGCCCUCGUCCGCCUUGGCGCACUCAGCGGAAGCCCUCACACUAUCCUCCCGCGCCUUUUUCAACCCAGGCAUGUUGGCGCUGCUAUACUUUCCUGCGGAACAUAAGUAUGCUGUGUACAUGCCACUUUUUGUUCCCAUUUCUGUGCCUCUCAUAGCAGCAGCUGGUCGGGAGUUCAGGAGGUGGAAGAAAGAAAGGAGGGAACGAAGGGCGCGCCAGAAUGUCGCUGAGGCUCCUGCUGAAGGAACACAACUUUAA